AUGGCCAACACCCAAACAUUAAGGGAGCUGGCUGCCCCGGAGCUGACUCACCAGCCCUUAUGCAUCACAUUCCCCACUUUGGCUGAGAAUACUGCUUUCGAACUGAAGUCGGGGUUGAUUCACCUCUUACCUUCUUUCCAUGGUCUCUCUGGCGAAGAACCCCACAAGCAGGUUAAGGAGUUCGAGGUGGUUUGCUUUAGUAUGAAACCUCUUGGGGUCACUGAAGAGCAAAUUAGACUGAGAGCAUUUCCGUUCUCUCUCAAGGAUGCAGCUAAAGAUUGGUUGUACUACCUACCAGCAGUUAGUAUUACCACAUGGGUACAGUUGAAAAAGAAGUUUUUGAAAAAAUUCUUUCCUGCAUCCCGAGCUGCGAGUUUGAGGAAGGAAAUCUGCAGCAUUAAACAGUAUUCCGGGGAGUCCUUGUAUGAAUAUUGGGAAAUAUUUAACAAGUUGUGCACUAGAUGCCCGCAGCAUCAAAUUAGUGAACAACUGUUAAUCCAAUACUUCUAUGAAGGACUCCAAUCAACUAAUAGAAGUAUCAUUGACGCUGCGAGUGGGGGAACACUGGCAAACAAGACACCGAAAGAAGCAUGGGAGCUUAUCGAAGCCAUGGCAGAGAACUCUCAACAAUUUGGUUUCCAUGAGAGCAACCCUACCCGUAGAGUCAAUGAGGUAGAGACUUCAUCCAUACAGCAACAACUGUCAGAGUUGACGUCUGUUGUUAGGCAAUUAGCCAUGAGAGACACGCCACGAGCGAAAGUAUGUGGAAUUUGCACGAGUAUGGACCAUUGCACGGACACGUGCCCUAUUCUGCACGAGGACGGGGCGGAACAGGUAAACAUGGCCGGAAGCAUGCCCGCGCCUCGCAGGCAGUAUGACCCGUACUCCAAUACGUACAACCCGGGAUUCCACCAGCCAUGGCAAGCAAAAUCUCAACCCUCAUCCUCCAAUUCAGGAAGCUCCCUGGAGGAUAUUGUCAAAAGUCUAGCCACGACUACUACCCAGCUUCAACAGGAGAUCAGAUCCUUGACCGCGAAUACCGCUCGACUCCAGCAGGACACCAAAGCGGGCAUGAAGGACCAAGAUGCUCGGAUAAGCCAACUGGCAACUGCCAUCAACCGCUUGGAGUCCCACGUUUAUGGGAAAUUGCCAUCGCAACCCGAGAUAAAUCAUAGGAAUGUAAGUGCCAUGACACUGAGGAGUGACAAGGAACUGGGAGGGCCUAAAGUGAAAAAUCCAAAAAGAAAAAGUGAGGAGGAGAUAGAAAAGGAGAUUGAAGAGGAAGGGCGCAUUCGCGAAGAGCCUAAAGUACCCAAGUAUGCAAAGUUCUUGAAAGACUUGUGCGUUAACAAAAGAAAGCUAAGGGGUGAUGAAAGAGUGAUGGUAGGAGAGAAUGUAUCAGCUGUACUUCAAAGGAAAUUCCCACCCAAAUGCGGAGAUCCAGGUGGUUGGUGUAAAAAGUUCUUUCACGAGGCAAAAUUCCAGAAGACUCUCUAUUUCAUGGCGUGA